AUGGCGUACGCGAUAGAAACAAGAGAAGACACGAACAAAACAAAGAGAAUGCUGCACGUAGCCGAGAUGAGGGUGCUGAGAUCAAUAGCUGGCAAAACCAGAAGAGACCAUGGAAGGCAGAGAAGAAGGCAAUGGUAUAACCACGUCAAGAGGAUGGGCGAAGAUAGAUUACCCCGCAUAACUCUCGAGGGAAUACCAGUAGGAAGUCGUCCUCCCCGUAGACCGCCGAAGAGGUGGAGAGACAGCUGGCAGUCCACAUCUCAAGAAUUAAUACAACGGAUCCAAAACCCCAUCAGAGAAGACUACAAAAACGGCUUGCCAGUAAGGGCAGACGAUUCGAAAACUAAAGAAGGUGUAGGAGCUGGAAUAUAUGAAUUCAUGACGAAAAUAGAUUGUAUUCCAAUGGACAAAACAGCGGUUAUUACAGCACUAGAAGACUGUGGAGCAGAAAUGAUGCGGGAUUAA